GGAUACGGCGAGGACCGUCAGAUACAUGGCCCACGACAGCGACUGAGGACAUCUCGCCACCAUCUCCACUCAAGACAAGGCAGCAGAUGUAUGAUCCUGAGGACCCCCGCUGUGCCAGACUGACUCUGACAGGCAAGAUGGUGGAGGUGGACCCAGAGGAGGUGGAGUUCGCCAAGGAGGCCAUGUUGUCCAUACACCCUGUGAUGAAGAAAUGGCCAGUGGGACACAACUGGUUCGUUAUGAAGCUGCAGCUGACCCAGGUCUGGCUCCAGGAUUGGGUCGGAGGGUGUCACUCACCCCCCUGGAAGACUACUUCAAAGCCACACCCUACUGAGAGGAACUUCAUCCACAAUGUAUAUGAAAUCUACUACACCGUGUCAGUUACAACACACGGUACCAAUACAAGACUUGGUGUUAGCUUCUCUGUAUGCACAGCAGCUGUCAUUACAUUCAUCACCACAAACACAACAUAAUGGGAGGCUCUAGAACCUUCAAACGCAACUCUGGACCAAGAUGCCCUCUAAUCAGGGACUGAUUUAGACCUGGGAUACCAGGUGGGUGCAAUUCAUUCUCAGCUGGAACAGGAAACCAACAUACCUGCUCUAGAAGCUCUAGUCCUGGAAUAUUUGGUAGUGAGAUGGGAAACAUGAAGAGGGUUUAGACCUGCUCUAGAAGCUCUACUUCUGGAAUAUUUGGAAGUGAGAUGGGAAACAUGAAGAGGGUUUAGACCUGCUCUAGAAGGUCUACUUCUGGAAUAUUUGGAAGUGAGAUGGGAAACAUGAAGAGGGUUUAGACCUGCUCUAGAAUCUCUACUUCUGGAAUAUUUGGGAGUGAGAUGGGAAACAUGAAGAGGGUUUAGACCUGCUCUAGGCAGAGUGUGGUCUUACCAUGGAUCAUGCAGAAGUAACACAUGUAAGAUGUGAAUAUACAGACGUAGAUAUAGAUGCCUAUAAGCAGACACUGGAGAUUGUUAAAUGUACAGAAUUAUUUACUAGCUUUGCAGAUGUUGUUUAUCCAAUGCUACCACAAAGCCUUUUCACAUAAUCUUCUGUCCAACAGCUAGACAAUGACAAACCAAAAACAUACCUAAAACAGGCUCAUGUCUGGUGGACAAUAGAUUGACUCUGAUCUUGAGUUGUCAAGUCACAUUUCCAUUUUAUGCUUAGGUCAAAUAAUGGACAUGUUUUUCCAGUCUUUCAAUCACGGUUAUUGAUGCAGUAGCCUUAAGCUGAUAAAGUGUUAUGAUUUUUAAAUAAUUGGACCACUGUCAAUGUAGGUAUGCUCCUAAUUAUGCACUGAUCAAAAUGCCUUUCUCUGUAUUAACUGCUUUUCAGAAAGUAUUUUGUUUGCACUUGCAGGCUAUUCUUUGUUUGCUGAAAUGUCGUGUUUCCAGUCCGGCCACACUAGUCGCUGCUCAACUCCAUCAUAUCAUGGAGUUGAGUUUAAUCGGCUACACCUUAUUAAAACAAUUAUAGUCUUUGGUAAAUAAAUACUGGACCGAUUCAGUCCUGAGGUAGUGCAAACUGCAUACAGUAUUUCUAAUUUUGUUGUCAAUGUAUUUGUUAAUUUGUCAAACAGUAUUUUGGGAUUUUGGUGCUGAAGAGAGUGGGCUCCAGAGUGGCGCAGCGGUCUACUGCACUGCAUCUCAGUGCUAGAGGCAUCACUACAGACCCUGGUUCGAUAUCCAGGCUGUAUCACAACCGGCCGUGUUUGGGAGUAGGUUUGCACAUUUCGGGGAAUAUUCAGAGGUGGAUACUUUCCGUGGAAAUUAAUGGAAAUAUAUGCACAUAAACCUUUUACCUUAUCAUAAGUAGGCAUAAUUGCAAAUUAUUAAAUCCUUCCAAUAUAAUUUUUAAAAACAAUUUAGCUAUGAGUUGAUUUUUCACAUGGGAUGAUUUCACUGAACAACAAAAGAAAGGGAAUAUGUAAAAUUAGAGUCUGGAAACUAAAGCUUUGGUUGUCUUCCUCUCAGGCUUUCAUGUCUUCUCCCUAGAACUCCUCAAUGUCCACCUCUUGAACAUCAGACUCGGAGGCCUCAUCUUCACUGUCACUUUCCAACCUUGUUGAGGAUGGCUCAUUGUCAUGCUCAACAUGCCUCAAAUUUGCCAAGAUGGCUACCAAUUUUUCAACCUAUGUCUUGGUCAGCCUGUUGUGUGCUUUGGUGUGUGUGUUCCCAAACAAGGACCAGUUGCGCACUGAGGCGGCUGAUAUUGGUGGGAUUUGGAGGAUGAUGGAGGCAACAGGGGAAAGAGCCUCAGAUCCACAAAGUCCCUUCCACCAGGUGGCUGAUGAGAUAUGUUGUCACGACUGCCAUAUUGCAUCUCCAUCCCAAAGCCCUUGCAUGGAAUUGUACUUCGCCAGACUGCCAAGAACCUUGCACUCAUCCAGGCCAAGGUGGCGGGACACGGUAGUGAUGACACAAUAGGCCUUGUUGAUCUCUGCACCAGACAGGAUGCUCUUGCCAGCAUACUUGGGGUCCAACAUGUACGCUGCAGCGUGUAUGGGCUUCAGGCAGAAGUCUUCACACUUUUUGAUGUAUUUCAGAACUGCAGUUUCCUCUGCUUGGAGCAACAGUGAAGUGGGCAGGGCAGUAUGGAUUUCUUCUCUUACAUCUGCAAGCAGAGUCUGAACAUCAGACAGGAUGGCAUUGUCUCCCUCAAUCUGUGCAAUGGCUACUGCUAUAGGUUUCAGGCUGCUUACCACUCUCUUCCAAAAUACAUAAUCCAGGAGGAUCUUCUUGAUGGGGCUGUCCAUAUCAGCAGACUUUGAUAUGGCCAUUUCUUGGAAAGACUCCUUCCCCUCUAACAUGAUGUCAACACCACCCCAACGGGUGUUGCUGGGAAGCUUCAAUGUGGUGCUCUUAUUCUUUUGACUUUGCUUGGUGAGGUAGAUUGCUGCUAUAACUUGAUGACCCUAACCAUUUCCUUGGCUCUCUUGUAGAGUGUAUCCAUUGUUUUCAGUGCCAUGAUGUCCUUGAGGAGCAGAUUCAAUGCAUGAGCAGCACAGCCAAUGGGUGUGAUGUGGGGGUAGGACUCCUCCACUUUAGACCAAGCAGCCUUCAUGUUCGCAGCAUUGCCUGUCACCAGUGCAAAUACCUUCUGUGGUCCAAGGUCAUUGGUGACUGGUGUGGCUGUUGUCCCUUGUCUGUGCUCUUGUAGAAUACUGGUUGAGGGGUGUAGAUGAUGUAGUUAAUUAUUCCUUGCCCACAAACAUUUGACCACCCAUUAGAGAUGAUUGCAAUACAGACUGCUUUCUCUAUGAUUUGCUUGACCUUUAUUUGAACUCUGCAUCCAGCAAAUGAGUAGAUAAAGCAUGUCUGUUUGGAAGGGUGUAUGCUGGACAAAGAACAUUCAGAAAUCUCUUCCAAUACACGUGGUCUUUGAGCAUCAGAGGUGAACCAGUUGCAUACACAGCUCGAGCAAGACAUUCAUCAGCAUUUCUCUGACUACAUUCCUCCAUUGUGUCAAAAAACUUCUGAUUCCAGGAUUACCAUGAGCUGUCUGCUAUCGAUAAGGUGUCUGAUUCAUCAUUUUCACCUCCACUAGAAGUUUAGGGACUUUUGUCACAGUUUGCUUGUUGUGAGCUCAGAGGGAACUUUAUGCAUUUGGCCAGAUUAUUCUGCAUAAUUGUUGCAUUCUUCACAUAUGAUUUGGCACAGUAUUUGCAAAUGUGCACAGCUUUCCAGUGAAAUGUCUCCACACAUCAGAUAGUGCUCCGUUGCAUUUUUCUGUAAAGAUUAUAUAUAUUUUUUAAAAUCCCAAAUACAAUUCCAUGUACAGAUAAAUAGUUAAGCAGUUAGAUUAAACAACUCCUUUGUAAGAUAAAUGUUUUAAAAUGAAACAUGUAUGGAAACAGGUGAAUUAACACUCCUCAGUUAGCAGGCUCAAGCAAGCUGAAACCCACAUGGUAGCAAAAACUAACUAGCAGCAAUUCCUCCAAAGGGGGCAGUAUUGUCCUGAGCCUUAACAGGUUAACAAAAAAUAAUGUAUGUCAUGUAAAAUAGAUUCACCCCACCCAGCAUUUUAAUCAAAACUUACCAGAAAGGAUGUAGUCAUUGGCUCAGACAGUGUAGUAGUGUGGGCUCAAUAGCAUCUCAUUAGUGUGCAAGAUCUUGAGAAUCCGCUGUACAUGUGAUGGAAGAGUGCACUGCACAUGUGAUGAAAUAAUGCACUGUGCAUGCAGAGGGUUUAACCAAAAUAUGCCACAAGACCUAUAAUUGCCUUGUGUAUCCCACAAAAAUGGUUCACUGUUAAGCUAAAUUUUUUGAAGAAUUUAAGCAAAAUUCCCCAAAUUCCAGGGCUUAACUUCCCAUGGGAAAUUUCCAGAAUAGUUCAGGAAAUUUACCGGAAAGUUUCCGACCCUUUUUCAACCCUAAUUGGGAGUCCCAUAGGGCGGUGCACCAUUGGCCCAGCGUCGCCCUGGUUACGGUUUGGCCGGAGUAGGCUGUCAUUGUAAUUAAUAAUUUGAUCUUAACUGACUUGCCUAGUUAAAUAAAGUUUGAAUAAAACAUU